CCAGAAAACGCCCCUUCCUAACCACUUUGCAUAGGCCACCCCCCCUCCAGUCCAUCAUGACAACCGUUCAGUGUCCUCCACCCCUCUCUGCCAAUCCCUCCACUGACCUCCAUUCAGUGUCCUCCACCCCUCUCUGCCAAUCCCUCCACUGGUCUCCAUUCAGUGUCCUCCACCCCUCUCUGCCAAUCCCUCCGCUGUCCUUCACUCAGUGUCCUCCACCCCCUCUCUCUGCCAAUCCCUCCACUGGCCUCCAUUCAGUGUCCUCCACCCCUCUUUGCCAAUCCACUGGCCUUCACUCUGCUCUCUGCCAUUCACUGGUGUCCUCCACCCCUCUCUGCCAUCCC